AUGAAACUGGUAAUCCCCAACCCAGGACUGGAUCAUAGGAUCCCUUCUUUGGAUGAUCUGGAGAGAAUGGAUAAGGAGGAAGCAGGAGACAGGCCCAAGUGGGACAACAAAGCCCAGUACAUCCUCACCUGUGUGGGCUUCUGCGUUGGGAUUGGCAACGUGUGGCGAUUCCCUUACCUGUGUCAGAGUCAUGGUGGAGGUGCUUUUUUGAUACCAUAUUUGAUCCUGCUGGUGCUGGAAGGAAUGCCCCUCUUGCUGCUGGAGUUCGGGAUUGGCCAACGUCUCAGGAAAGGCAGUGUCGGAGUUUGGAGGUCCAUCAACCCUUAUUUAACUGGCAUAGGUAUAGCAUCCAUGCUAGUGUCCUUAUUGAUUGGGCUGUACUACAACACAUUAAUAGCCUGGAUCAUGUGGUAUCUCUUCAACUCCUUCCAAAGCCCGCUGCCUUGGGCCCAGUGUCCUCUUAAUGAAAAUGGGACAGGAUUUGUACCAGAGUGUCAACGUAGCUCAACAGUGGAUUACUACUAUUACAGAGUAACUCUGAACAGUUCUACCUCCAUAUCUGACUCUGGUGGGAUGCAUUGGCCCAUAGUGGUCUGCCUAGUAGCUGCCUGGUCAGUUAUCUGUAUCUGCUAUAUAAGGGGGAUCAGUACCUCAGGCAAGGCAGUGUACAUCACAGCCAUCCUCCCGUACAUAGUGCUGUUCAUCUUUCUGAUCCGAGGGCUGACUCUUAAAGGUGCUUUAAGUGGACUAAAGCACCUCUUUACACCAGAUAUUGAAGAGUUGACAAAACCAACAACGUGGCUGGAUGCAGGUGCACAAGUGUUUUAUGCCUUUAGUUUAGCAUGGGGAGGCCUCAUAUCCUUCUCAAGCUACAACCCUGUUCACAACAACUGUGUGAAAGAUGCUGUCUUUCUGACGGCGGUGACUGGCUUCACUUCAGUUUACGCUGCCACUGUCACCUACACAAUAAUUGGCUUCAGGGCUACAGAGAAAUAUGACAACUGCAUCAGCGACAACAUCAUGAAGUUAUCAAAUGCAUUUGAGCUUCCUGAAGACAGCAUCACCACGAGCAACUACGAGGCAGCCUUUACUUAUUUCAACAGCACCUCUCCUGAUGUUGUCCUUGGAUUGGACAUCAGACUCUGUGACAUGCAGAAACUUCUCAGUGAGGGAGUGGAGGGAACAGGUCUGGCCUUCAUCGUGUUCACAGAAGCCAUCACCAAGAUGCCUGGUUCUCCCAUCUGGGCUGUCCUCUUUUUCAUCAUGCUGUUUUGUUUGGGAAUCUCAAGCCUGUUUGGCAACAUUGAAGGAGUGGUGGUUCCAUUGAAGGACCUGAAAUUGUUACCCCAAAAAUGGCCCCAAGAAGUAGUAACUGGAAUAACGUGUGUUGUGGCCUUCAUCCUUUCCCUCAUAUUUGCGCAGAAUUCAGGGAUUUAUUGGGUUACUCUCUUUGACAACUUUGCUGGAUCUGUUCCACUUCUGACAAUUGGAUUUAUUGAGAUGAUAGCUGUUGCUUAUAUCUACGGCAUAGACAGGUUCAAUGAAGACAUCAAGUUUAUGACAGGGUAUAAGCCCUCCAUCUUCUGGCAGGUUUCAUGGAGAUUCACCAGUCCUUUAAUCGUUGCGGUCAUUUUAGUUUUCUACCUGGUUACACAAGGUCAAGAGGAGCUCACCUACUUAGUCUGGGAUCCAGAGUCUGAGGAGUUUCCAACUCUAGCAUCAGUACCUUACCCGUCAUGGAUCAAUGCAGUCAUCUUUCUUUUGGCAGGAGUCCCCAGCCUAGCAGCACCUGUGUAUGCAUUAUAUCGGCUGGUCUUUGAGUGCUGCAAAGACAAAAUAAAACCUAAGGAAAAAAUGAAACAAGUUGCUUAAGUCAGUUUGAAAAUGUAUAGGUUGUGAAGAGGACAUGUCGUCAUAAUUUUUGCUUGUAAUAAUCCUACUAUUUUGAAGGUGUCUUCUUAUCAGAAGUGUGUUUUUCUAAUGUCCAGAUCCCUAAAGUUUGUUAACUCGUACCUAUGUUUGUCACUUCAGGCAAGCUAUAUUCGUACUUGAAAGUUGUAGUCAAACAAAUUUACAAACACAGCCAAUGGCAAUCUAAAUCUAAUCUAAUCUCUGUUUUAGGGAGAGCGGACUUGUGCCAGAGGUAGCACUUGCAUGAUAAAACUUCUGGCGAGAAAAAUUACAAGUGUGCAAUUUUGGCUUCCCCACUCUUCCCCCAAGACUUCCAAACUCUUUAACAUUAUUAUGGAUAUUGUAGUUGUCAGCCACUGUGCCUCUGUUACAAGCUAACAAGCUAAAAAAAAAACAGCAUAAGCUGCAAAGCACAUAACCCUCUGCUACCAUUCUGAUAGAAUAGAAUAGAAUGGAAUAUACUUUAUUCAUCCCUGAAGGGAGAAAUUCCGGAUGUUCUGACGCAUCCUAAUGUGCAUCUUUGUCUGAUAGAAGCUCAGACGUGUACAAAUAUUCAUGUCCUCUGUAAUGCAUCCUGUAUAUUUGUGCCCUGCUCUUUCACUGGUUAUCUGAGUCCGUUGAUCUACCUUCAGCCACUUUAAGAGUUUUUUUUAAAUGUAUAGGAUGAGAUGUUUUGUAAGUAAAUAUUCACUGUAGAGUUAUUUUCCCACACUGUAAUGUGUGUCUGUAGAGGAUUUUGAAAUUAUUGAUACAAAUAUUUCUGUUUUGUGAUAUUUCAUAACAAACCUUUGGUCUAUAUUAGUGAUGGGCGGAUGAAACCUAUGAAGCUGUGAGGCGCUCUUUCAAUGUGUGCUGAAAAGCAACAGUGAUAUCUGGUGGCAUGGAAAACUUUCUGAUAUUCAUGGUUUUCAUCUAAAAGUUGAUAAAUAAAAGUCUGAGAAGCCUGUGCGUUAUGAAAUAAAACUUUAAAAUCUGUAUGUCUGCCAAUUUUUGUUCAGAUGUACUUUAUGAAAUAUAUACUGUA